CUCUCAUUACGCCAAUUCGGGCCCUAGAAGACCCCACAAUGCCCCAGCUCCCAUUCAUUGACGACUCCACCAGAAGCUCUGGCUACGCUGCCAGUGCCAACGAGUUCGUCCAAGACAAAGUGGCUCUUCUCAACACCCUCUCGCGCCAGUCCAUGGACUGGUACAACGCCCAGCCUCGCUACAAACGAGUGCUUCUCCAGAUCCUCGUGGCAUUCGGAUUCGUGGCUGGGUUGUUGGUUCUCGUCUUCCACAAGUACAUUAUCCAUAUUUUGGUGCUGUUGUCCGACUCCUGGUCAGAGCUCCGUUUUGGGCUGGUGAUCCUCUUCUCGUUGAUCUUCUUGGUUGGCUUUCCGCCAUUGUUGGGGUUCUCAGCCCUUUCCAUGCUCUGUGGCAUGAUCUAUGGCUUCAGCUUCGGCUGGCCGUUGUUGGCCUCGGCCUCAGUUUCCGGUUCUUUCUGCUCAUUUCUUGUCUUCAGAUACGUGUUGAGGAACCAGGCCACUAAAUUGAUCAACCACAACGAGAAAUUCAGAGCUUUCUCGGAAAUUUUGAGGGAAGACUCAUCUUUAUUGCUCCUUAUUCUCAUAAGAUUAUGUCCCUUGCCGUACUCGCUUUCCAACGGUGGUUUGGCCGCUAUCCCCGAGUUGUCAGCAACCACAUUUCUCCUUGCAUCGUUGAUCACUUGUCCUAAGUUGAUGAUCCAUGUCUUUGUGGGCAAAAAAUUGAAGGAAUUGGGCGACGAAACUAAGCCAAAAUCAACCAAGUGGGUCGAUUUUGUUAGCAUCAUCAUCACAGGCAUUGCUGCCUCGUUAACCACCUACAUUAUCUACAACAAGAUGCAGCGGAAAUUGCAAUCAUAUCACGCUGCUCAGGGAACAGUUACCAAUCCAGAGCAACAUGACAGAAUGAUUUUCGGUAAUUUUGAAGAUGACUUGGACUCUGCAAAUAACGUGGAGUUAAACUCUGCCGAUUUCGAUGCCGAUAACUUUAUCAUCGAGGAUGAAGAUGACUAUCCCUCCCCAAAGCCACCUUCUUCAGCAUCAUCAAAAAUGGACAAAAUCUUGGACGACAAUCUCGAAGAUUUGGAAGUGGGUAAGAUAUCCAAUUCCUCCAAAAACAGGAAUUACUAAAGGAAGCUUGCAAAACCUCCUCAAAAUAUUUCUACAGGCGAAUUGAUGGGAUUGUUUAUAGUAUAAACGCUAAUUAUAGAGUAUGAUAAAUUAGUAGUGCUAGCAGACCUAGCUAUGUCUGAGAUAAGAUGACAGGUAAUCAGCCUCUUCUCAGAAUGAUAUGUUACAUAUAAUGACAACUUUUAGAACCACAGAAAUAAUAAUACGGACUCG